GAAGCAUCGCAACAUCACUAGCAACUGCUGGGUCGAGUCUACGUAUCCUCUCUCGUCUUCCUGCAUCGCCGCUCUCGUUCACCCAUUCGAAGCCUUUUUACCUUACUAACUCCCCCUGUACGACUUGCCAUUUGUCUCCAAGCACUACCAGUACAACCUUUCGCAUGCUCAACCCCGACACUUUCAUUGUGGCGCCAUCCAUCCUUGUUUCCAGUACUAGGAUAAAUAGGAAUAGUGGUUAUUUCUGUGUGAAAAGGGCCUGGUUUAAAAUAGCUGCCAUUGGUUGCUAGCUCAACGUUCCUCUCCUCUCUCGAGAUAAAGACACAAGAGCUGUUCCCCUCUAUAUUGCAUGCUAGGCCUUCUUUCUCUUCCCAAUGGCUUCAUAUUCUGGUCCUUAUGCCAAAGAGCUCCAGAUUGCUUGUCUGACAGUGCAGAGGGCCGCUUUGCUGACAAAGAAGCUCCUGGAAUCUGUCGACAAGGGAUCCAUCGAUAAGAGCGACUCCACGCCAGUGACGAUCGCUGAUUUUGCUGCUCAGGCUUUGAUAAUUGCAGCCAUCCAAGGUGUUUUCCCUGAAGAUGAGUUUGUGGGGGAAGAGGAUUCGAAGGCUCUGCGUCAGGACCCCAUACUUCUCCAACGAACCUGGGAUCUGAUCGCUUCCACACGCCUCGAAAAUGAGGAGUGCGAGUCCAUGCUCAACACGCCAAGCUCGAAGGAGGAAAUGCUUGAGUUGAUCGAUCUAGGAACGCAGGGCAAGUGUAACGGUAGCGGCCGCACGUGGACUCUAGAUCCUGUGGAUGGCACCGCGACGUUCAUGCUCGGUCAGCAGUAUGCUGUAUGUCUUGCGCUGAUAGAAGACGGAAGCCAGAAGGUAGGGGUGCUUGGUUGUCCUAACCUCAACCUCGAAUCUGGGGUGAUUAAGGAGGAGAUCGUGGAUCGCGACGGCCACGGCUACAUGAUCUCCGCCGUCAAAGAUCAAGGCGUUUCCAUCCGGAAGAUGGGUCGGGGAGCCUUGCUGCCAGCUAGGAAGCUUGAUCAGAUCCCCCAGAUCACUGACCCCAGCGAGAUUCGUUUUGUUGAUUGUUCGGUCGCUGCCUCGUCAAAUUUUACACUGCACGGCCAGGUGGCAUCUCGAUUAGGCGCCCCUUGGCCCCAUAUGACCAACCUCUGGUCCACACAGAUGCGAUAUGUGGCUAUAGCGGUCGGCGGGUGCAACGCUACGAUUAAGAUGCCCCGUAAACCGAAGUAUCGAUCGAAUAUCUGGGACCACGCGGGUGGCAUGCUCAUUGCGGAGGAGGUUGGCUGCAAGGUUACGGAUCUGCAAGGGAAUCCUGUAGAAUGCGGUCUGGGUAGGACUCUGGCAGGAUGCCAUGGGAUGAUUGUGGCUCCUGCUUCCAUCCACCAGCGUCUAGUGGAGGCUGUACGAGAGACGACACUGCAAAGCGCUGGAGACAGACCAUGACUGGAUCGUGCGGACUCUUGACACACAAAAGCACUGCUGUCUGGUCUACGCUCUCUUCACUGCUGGGUCAAGGAUAAGAUAGACAGUAACAGGGGUAUUCUUAGUUCUCCGGUCAUUUUGGACCUAGAGGCAGGAUUGGAUUUAUAAGCCUGCUAGCCUGUCGACGAGGCCGACGUUAUUCUCCAUUCAUUCCUUUCAUCCGGUGAGAUAGCCGUACCUGCAGCAGGAUUACAGUAGCCUCUUGCCAACCCCUAGUGGGCUUUGGACUCAGGGUUGCUCGCGUCAUUCUCAUAUUCGUCCAUUAGAUUCGAG